AUGGCGGUCAAGGGCACCCCAGAGUUCUGCCUGUACCUGAGGCUUCUGCAGUAUUUUAGAUUUGGGAUCAUGGAACUUUCCUUAAAAGUCUUGUCAAAAGAAGUACUGAAACCAGAACAAUUUCCCAAGGUUCUUCAGAGAAAUGACUCUCAGCGGGUCACUGAUAGAACCUAUUUCGUUGAUGGUUCCAACCAGGGUCUGAAAACCAUCCCGUCAGAGAUUUUGGCAUUGAAAGAAUUAGAAGAACUGCAUCUGGAGAACAACCAGAUUUCAGAAAUCCCCCAGGACAUUCAGAAUUUAAAGAAUGUCAAGGUCCUCUAUCUGCACAAGAACAAACUGCAGUGUCUAAGCCCGGAGCUGGGGUUUCUGAGCAGCCUGGAGUCGCUGGACCUGAGUAGCAACCCGCUGCUCUACUCCUCCCUGCGGGUACUCAGUUGUCUACGCAUGCUUCAGGAGCUGCGGCUCUACCAAACCGGCCUGAGAGAGGUUCCCUCGGUGAUCUGCAAAUCGCUGCACCACUUGGAGCUGUUAGGGCUGUCAGGGAACAACCUGGAAUCGCUGCCCAAAGAAAUCGUGAACCAGAGCAAGCUCAAGGAGAUCUACCUGAAACACAACCAGUUCUCGGCUUUCCCUAGGGACCUCUGUGCCCUUUCCAACCUGGAGGUGAUCGAUCUGGACCACAACAAGCUUAAGGCCAUCCCGGAUGAAAUCGGGAAUCUGGCGAGGCUGCAGAAAUUCUACGUGGCGUCUAACAACCUGCCUCUUCUACCGGAGUCUCUGAGCCGGUGCACCAAGCUCUCGGUGCUGGAUUUGACCCAAAACCUCCUCCACACUCUCCCGCCCAGCCUGGAGCUGCUCACCGAGCUCAGUGAAGUCGGGCUGAGUGGGAACCGCCUGGAGAAGGUGCCCCGCCUCCUGUGCCGCUGGUCGGCGCUGAACCUGCUCUACCUGCGCAACACGGGCCUGCGCGUACUGCGGCGCUCCUUCAAGCGCCUGGUCAACCUGCGCUUCCUGGAUCUCAGUCAGAACCACAUUGACCACUUCCCCGCGCAGAUCUGCGCGCUCAGAAACCUGGAGAUCCUGGCGCUGGACGAUAACAAAGUGACACAGUUACCACCGACCAUGAGCUCACUUUCAAAACUGAAGAUACUUGGACUCACAGGGAAUGACUUUUCAUCCUUCCCAGAGGAAAUCUUUCCCUUAGUGUCUCUGGAGAAAUUAUACAUCGGACAAGACCAGGGAUCCAAGUUUACCUACCUGCCGGAAAACAUCAAGAAAUUGCAGAAGCUUAAAGAGCUAUACAUAGAAAACAAUCAACUGGAGCAGCUGCCUGCAUCCUUGGGGUUAAUGCCAAACCUGGAAGUUCUUGAUUGUCGGCAUAAUCUUCUCAAGCAACUCCCAGACGCCAUUUGCCAUGCACAAGGUUUGAGAGAGCUGCUGCUGGAGGACAACUUACUCACCCGCCUCCCAGAGGACCUGGACCACCUGGUGAACCUCAAGGUCCUAACGCUGAUGAACAACCCCAUGGAAGAGCCCCCAAUGGCAGUGUGUGCCCAAGGCAAUGAUGCCAUAUGGAACUGCCUGAAGGAAAAUAGACUUAGGAAAAUAAUGGCCACGAAGAUUCAGGCAUGGUGGCGUGGAAACAUGGUGCGGAAAGGAUAUGGGACUUUUGAAGAGCUACUGAGAGCCCGAAGAAAAGGGAAAACCUCUCCAAAAGAUAAGAAAGGGAAAAAGGCUGCUGCCAAAGGAAAACCCGCAAAAAGGAAAUAA